AGCCACAUCAAUUCCGACCAGUCCUCGGUCAACGAGUGGAACGCCAUGCAGGAUGUCCAGUCCCACCGCCCGGAUUCCCCAGUCCUCUUUACGGACGUCCCCACGGAGCGCGAGCGGACGGAGCGUCUGAUCAAGACCAAACUGAGGGAGAUUAUGAUGCAGAAGGAUCUGGAGAACAUCACGUCCAAGGAGAUCCGCACAGAACUGGAAAUGCAGAUGGCGUGCAACCUGCGAGAAUUUAAGGAAUUCAUCGAUAACGAGAUGAUCAUCAUCCUGGGCCAGAUGGACAGCCCCACGCAGAUCUUCGACCACGUCUUUCUGGGUUCGGAGUGGAACGCCUCCAAUCUGGAAGACUUGCAGACAAGAGGGGUGCGGUAUAUUCUGAACGUCACUCGUGAGAUCGACAAUUUCUUCCCGGGAGUUUUUGAAUACCACAAUAUCCGAGUUUACGACGAAGAGGCGACGGAUUUGCUGGCUUACUGGAACGACACCUACAAAUUCAUCUCCAAAGCGAAGAAGCACGGCUCCAAGUGCCUGGUCCACUGCAAGAUGGGCGUCAGCCGCUCGGCGUCCACCGUCAUCGCCUACGCUAUGAAGGAGUACGGCUGGAACCUCGACCGGGCCUACGAGUACGUCAAGGAGCGUCGUAGCGUCACCAAGCCCAACCCCAGCUUCAUGCGCCAGCUGGAGGAGUACCAGGGCAUCCUCCUGGCCAGGUGGGUCCGGGCUAUGACCCAGAGGGGG